AUGGAUACCAUUAUUGAAGACGCCAUCUUGUUUGGGAGGAUCGUUGUGGAGCAAUUUGGAGUUGAAGUUGAAGAAGUGAGUGAUUGGGAUCCUGAUGGAUUGGAAGAUCUUUUUCAAAAGUUACCCGCCUUGGUGGUCCUCUCCAUCCAGGGUGUACUUGAUGUUGACUACCUGGAUAGAGUCAGCCAAUACUGUCCAUCGCUAAAGUGCCUCAAAUACAACGCACCCCCUCAUGACGUGAUCCAAUGGCCGUACAAAUGGGAUACGAGUCUUGAACAAGGCAUCCAAGAACUUUAUUUUGGUGAUGGAUACUAUGGUGAUUUUACGGAGCAUAUGAAUGAGAACAUAAUACGAGCAUCCAAGACGUUAAAGUAUCUCAAUGUGCAGCAUUCGCUCUUUGAGUACGAACCUGCUAUGAUUCCCCUUCCACCAGAGACCACGUUUCCCUAUUUGGUUCAUUUGUCUGGAGCUCCCGAGUAUGAUGACGUACUUCGUCUUUUGCUCAGUAUCAUUCCUCGUGCACCACAUCUUGAGGUAAUCAAAUUGGACGAUCCUUUCAUUGAGUGGGAAGACACAGCUCCUAUUGAUAUGAUGGCGGCAUGUAUUCAUCUUACCAAUACGAAUGUGAUCAUGGAAGAAACCCAUCAGGAUGUCAAUGCUAUGAAACGAUUUCUCAACACGCAUAUCCAAAAGGGCCAUCAUUCUCCAUUACGAUCGCUAGCAAUAGGGAUAUGGACAGAAGAAUGUGCCCAAGAGCUUUUACCACUCCUUUCACAAUUGCCCUUGGUGGAAGAUCUACAUCUCGCUGUCGACUACGAAUCACCAUUGGCCACGAUCAUUGACGCCAUCACCGCCAACAAUGCCAUCAAACAACUGAAAAUCAGCGUUACGAUAUGCGAUGUCAUUGACGAACCUAUCUUUGGUCGUUUACAGCAUGCACACUCUCUGUCGUCAUUGGCUAUUGAUGUGGAUCACUUAUCACCAAUGGCAGCACUUUCGAUACUUGAAGUGACCCAGCUCGUCCAUUUGCAGAUACCAUUCAAGGGACUUGAUGAUUCAACCAUUGACAUUCUACGAACGCAGUUUCCCAAUGUAAAAACCUUGCCAUCCCCUUUUGCACUUUAG